CUGUCCGUUUUACCAUUAACAAAUCAGCUGUUUGUGCCACUCCCAUUUUAAAAAAAACCAAAACAUUCAAAGUCAAUGGUUAUCCUAAAUACACAAAAAUGAUCAUCCGGAAUUCGUUAAAUCAAAUUAGGCAUUUUUCACAGCCCGCCCGUAAGCUAAAAACGGCCCAAAAAAUGUCGGCAUGGUCCAUACAUUCUUACGGGGACAUUGAAGAGCUCCAGUUGGGAGAAAACAGAAUCCCUGUUAUAUCUGAUCCGGAAGAGAUUCUGGUGGAAGUUAAGGCUGCCUCUGUGAACCCCAUAGAUUCAUUUAUGCUAGGAGGAUAUGGUAAAACAUCCUUUCAGGUUCUCAGAAAUUUCCAGCUAGAAUUUCCCCUGAUCCUUGGCAGGGAUUUCUCUGGUACAAUUAUAAAUAAAGGCCAUGGAGUCAACCAGUUUAAUAUCGGAGAUGAGGUUUAUGGCUUUGUUCCCAUACACAAACAGGGCUCAUUUGCGGAGGCAGUUCUUGCUUCUCAAUGCCAUAUACUACCCAAGCCCACCCAGUUAACACAUGAACAAAGUGCUGCACUAGUAUAUGCUACAAUGACUGCUUGGAGCGGCUUAUUUUUGGCCGGCAAUUUAUUAUUGAAACAGAAAAAAGGAUUGAGAGUUCUUGUACUCGGUGGAUCAGGAGGAGUUGGUACUGCAGCCAUACAACUACUUAAAUCCCAAGGGUGUUUUGUGUUUGCGACUUGUUCCAAAGACGCGGUCGCUCUGGUUACCUCCUUAGGCCCCGACAUGGUUUUCGAUAGAAAUGAUCCAGAUUUCAUCAAAAAUGUUCAGAACGAGAGCAAGUAUCACAUAAUCUUCGAUGCAGCCAACAUGGGCAUUCAAAACAUACCUAACAGUUGGCAAUAUGAGUCGUACAUAACCUUAAAUUCCCCGUUAUUAGUGAACAAUGACAAGUACGGUUUGUUGGGAGGACUGAUUACCAGUGCAGGCAACUUAAUAGAAUCUAACAUCACCAGGAUGUGUUCAGGGAAAAGUGUUCGGUGGGGCUAUUUUGUGCCUUCUAACAGUGGUUUUCGAUUUAUUCACGAACUGAUCUGCCGGGGGAAAAUUCGACCUGUUAUUCAGGAACAAUUUAAGUUUAAAGAUUUGCCUCGUGCCAUUGAAACCUUGAGGAAAGGACAUUCGAGGGGUAAAAUUGUUGUUACGCACGAUUAAGUUUGUUUUUUUUUGUGUCGUUAAUAUAUUAAUUAUUGGUCGUU